AUGGAGAACAUGAUGCAGGGCAAUAAGAUCAGACGAGUUGCAGCUACUCGCAUGAAUGAGAGGUCAUCUCGAUCACACACGAUUUUCCGGAUUAUUCUGGAGUCGAAAGAUGCCAAUCAGAAAGAUGGACCUGUACAUAUAAGCUACCUUAACUUAAUGGACUUAGCUGGUUCUGAGAGAGUUUCUCUGACGAAAGCUGCUGGUGAGCGUCUUAAAGAGGGGGCUAACAUAAACAAAUCUUUGUCAGUAUUAGGAAAUGUGAUAAGGCAACUAAGCGAGGGGAAGGAGUUUAUCAGUUAUCGCGAUUCGAAAUUGACUAGACUGCUCUCACAGGCUCUUGGCGGAAAUGUGCUGCUUGAUGCAAGGGAAGCUGUCGUAGACAAUGUUGAUAAAGUUAUGGAGAACAUGAUGCAGGGCAAUAAGAUCAGACGAGUUGCAGCUACUCGCAUGAAUGAGAGGUCAUCUCGAUCACACACGAUUUUCCGGAUUAUUCUGGAGUCGAAAGAUGCCAAUCAGAAAGAUGGACCUGUACAUAUAAGCUACCUUAACUUAAUGGACUUAGCUGGUUCUGAGAGAGUUUCUCUGACGAAAGCUGCUGGUGAGCGUCUUAAAGAGGGGGCUAACAUAAACAAAUCUUUGUCAGUAUUAGGAAAUGUGAUAAGGCAACUAAGCGAGGGGAAGGAGUUUAUCAGUUAUCGCGAUUCGAAAUUGACUAGACUGCUCUCACAGGCUCUUGGCGAUGUAUAUGGAUCUGUAGUAAAACCUUUAGUCGAUUCCUUCAUGGAAGGUUUCAAUGCCACAAUAUUUGCAUAUGGCCAAACAUCUUCUGGCAAAACACACACCAUUUUGGGCAAUAAAACAGAUCCUGGGCUUUUCCAAUUAGUAUCCAAUCAGUUAUUCCAGCAUGUGGCAGACCAGGUUGAUAAGAGGUACUUGAUUAGAUGCAGUUAUAUUGAAAUCUACAAUGAAAAGAUCAAUGACCUCCUGGAUAAGAGCAAUCAGGGUUUAACUAUAAGAGAAGAUAUCAAAGGAAAUGUGCUGCUUGAUGCAAGGGAAGCUGUCGUAGACAAUGUUGAUAAAGUUAUGGAGAACAUGAUGCAGGGCAAUAAGAUCAGACGAGUUGCAGCUACUCGCAUGAAUGAGAGGUCAUCUCGAUCACACACGAUUUUCCGGAUUAUUCUGGAGUCGAAAGAUGCCAAUCAGAAAGAUGGACCUGUACAUAUAAGCUACCUUAACUUAAUGGACUUAGCUGGUUCUGAGAGAGUUUCUCUGACGAAAGCUGCUGGUGAGCGUCUUAAAGAGGGGGCUAACAUAAACAAAUCUUUGUCAGUAUUAGGAAAUGUGAUAAGGCAACUAAGCGAGGGGAAGGAGUUUAUCAGUUAUCGCGAUUCGAAAUUGACUAGACUGCUCUCACAGGCUCUUGGCGUAUCCAAUCAGUUAUUCCAGCAUGUGGCAGACCAGGUUGAUAAGAGGUACUUGAUUAGAUGCAGUUAUAUUGAAAUCUACAAUGAAAAGAUCAAUGACGUCCUGGAUAAGAGCAAUCAGGGUUUAACUAUAAGAGAAGAUAUCAAAGGAAAUGUGCUGCUUGAUGCAAGGGAAGCUGUCGUAGACAAUGUUGAUAAAGUUAUGGAGAACAUGAUGCAGGGCAAUAAGAUCAGGACGAGUUGCAGCUACUCGCAUGAAUGA